CUACCGCGCGAGAAAGAGAGAGCGCACAAUCAGGCGGUAUUUUGUGUUGUUAUCUGCGAAAUUUACUUUUUUGAUAAACGGGAUGAGAUAAUUCUUGGUGCGCGGAUUAGAAAUGGUUUAUAGUCCGAAACCGACAAUCAUCCUGUAGUUUGUUGCCUUUUUCCAACGAUUUCUAGGCAUCCGGUCGUGCGUGCUGUGUUUAAUGUGAACUGCGAUCACUGGAACAAAUGGAUUUGGUUAUCAAAUUAAACAGUCAAACGGUCGGGAAGGACAAAAUUGCCAGGUUGGUGCAGUACUCCUGCCGUGCAUUAUGGGCCAGCAAAGAAGCGAGAGCUGCAGCGACGUCGAAAGAUACGGUUCAAACGCUAAAGCAGAUCGAAAGCAUUCUCAGCUCCUUCCGGAAAUUGUUACGAUUUGGAAAAGGAUUCGAAGUGCUUUAUAGUGCCGCCGUGAGCAUCGAUCUAAAGCGGCUAUCCAAUCAGCUGUUUAUCGUGCUUGGAAAGGUUUCUUCCGGACUGUUUCUACUAGCCGAUCACGUCGUGUGGCUAUCGCGAUCCGGCAUUAGCAAAAACGUGAACACAGCACAGUGGCAAACCCGGUCGAACCGAUUCUGGCUAGUAUCGAUCGUGAUGAACCUGUGCCGCGACCUGCAGGAGCUCAAUCAUCUCUUCAUCUACUUUGUCAGCAAAUCGAACCUCCUGGAUCUGCUGCAAACACUGUCCGUUGUGCUGAAGGAGCACAAAUCGCUGGUUGUCGAUACGGUGAAAAAUGUAUGCGACGUUUUCAUUCCCCUAAACGGCCUCGGAUACGUCCACAUGUCCAACCAAACGAUCGGCAUUUUGGGAGCGAUUUCCUCGGUGAUGGGGCUACUACCGCUGAUCUAUCCGAGGUUAAAGUUUUAGCAUUGGCUUAGCCGAGCUUAGCUUGGGACACCUAGUAGUGGCCAGCAGGAGUUGUGUAGUUUUAAGGUGAUGAGCAAAGGAUACAAAAAAUCAUGCCUGAUUGCAGUCGGGUUUGAUACACGGGGUGACAUGGGGUGGGUGUGGGAAUAACUAGGCAACUGAAUAGUUUUGGAACAGGAACGCGUAACCAAUUUUGUACACAAUCAUUGAAUAAGAAAUAAAAUUGUCUUCAAAAA